GGAGCCAACGGGACUGUUGAAGAGAAGGGGAACAAAGGAGAUAAAGGAGAAAGAGGACGACCUGGGAAACUGGGACCAAAAGGAGUUAUAGGGUCUGUGGGUUACAAAGGUCAGAAGGGAGAGCUGGGACUGCAGGGACAAAAGGGGUUAAAAGGAGACAUUGGACCAAUAGGUCCAAAAGGGACAAAGGGUGAAAUUGGCCAUCCUGGAAGAGUUGGUUUUCCAGGGCCAAUUGGCCCAACUGGUAAUCCAGGUCCUAAAGGUAAUCCUGGAGGUCUGGGGCCACAGGGUAAUCCAGGAGUUCAGGGGGAAAGAGGCUUGAAAGGAGACAGAGGAGAUAAGGGUGAUGUAGGUGCCCCAGGAGUCCUGCCAAGGAGUGCUUUCAGUGUUGGCCUUACAGCCAGCACCAAAUUUCCCCCUCCGAAUCGCCCGAUCAAGUUUGACAAGGUGCUGUACAAUAGUCUGAAGGACUACAACCCACUUACUGGCAAAUUCACCUGCAAAUACUCUGGUGUUUACUAUUUCACCUACCACAUCACUGUCUACUCAAGGAACGUCCGAGUAGCUCUAGUUAAGAAUGGCAUCAAGAUGCUGCACACAGUGGACAGGUACCAGAGUGGGGAGGACCAGGCCUCGGGAGCUGCCAUCCUUGAGCUGCAGGGAGGAGAUGAGGUGUGGCUGCAGGCUCACCAAGGAGAGACUUUCAAUGGGCUGUUUGCAGAUGCUGAUGAUGACACCACCUUCUCUGGGUUCCUCCUGUUCAGCACCUCUGACCCACUGGAGCUGCUGCCCAUCACAUAA